AUGCAGGUGAGCUUGCUGCAGCGCCAAGCCCAGAGCUCCCCGGUGUCCCUUGAGGAGGCGGCCAUGUUCUUCACGGAGGAGGAAUGGGCCCUGCUGGAUCCAGGCCAAAGAAAACUCUUCUGGGAAGUGAUCGAGGAAACGUACGAGACGGCCGCCUCUCUGAGAGACUACAUUUCCCAGGAGGACUUGCGAGCGCCAGAGAGAUCAGCCCUGCCUUUUCUAGGUGCCCCGGGGGCAGUCUUCCCUCCAGAUGGAAAUAAAAAUAUAUGGAGUAUGCCCUUCCCCGGGGCCUCUCUCCUUUCGUGCUUCCCCUGGCUGGAGGGAGAGCUUGGCCUUUGCUCGUCUGCAGGAAAGAGCUCCCCCGUGUCCUUUGCGGGGGUCGCCGUCUUCUUCACAGAAGAGGAAUGGGCCCUUCUCGAUCCAGGCCAAAGAAAACUCUACUGGGCUGUUAUGGAGGAAAUGUUGGAGACCGCGGCCUCUCUGGUUGCAGAUGUGUUUGAGAAGGAAUCAGGAGGGAGAGUUGUGGGAAAAGACAACAACAUACAAGUGGAAGCACAAUCUGGGGGUCAAGCGCUAACUGUACAUCAAACAAUUCAUACUAGGGAGAAGCCAUAUAAAUGCUUGGAGUGUGGAAAGUGCUUUUCCCUCAAUGGCAGCCUAACUGCUCAUCAAAAGAUUCAUACUGGGGAGAAGCCACUUAAAUGCCUGGAGUGUGGAAAGUGCUUCUCACGGAAUUCCAAUCUAAAAGUGCAUCAAAAGAUUCAUACUGGUGAGAAGCCAUUUAAAUGCCUGGAGUGUGGAAAGUGCUUCUUCCAGAAUGGCAACCUAACUGCACAUCAAAAGAUUCAUACUGGGGAGAAGCCAUAUAAAUACUUGGAGUGGGAAAAGUGCUUCUUCCAAAAUGGCAGCCUGGCUGCACAUCAAAAGAUUCAUACUGAGGGGAAGCCAUAUAAAUGCCUGGAGUGUGGAAAGUGCUUCUCUCGGAAUUCCAAUCUAAAAGUGCAUCAAAAGAUUCAUACUGGUGAGAAGCCAUAUAAAUACUUGGAGUGCGGAAAGUGCUUCUUCCAGAAUGGAAGGCUGGCUGCACAUCAAAAGAUUCAUACUGAGGGGAAGCCAUAUAAAUGCCUGGAGUGUGGAAAGUGCUUCUCUCGGAAUUCCAAUCUAAAAGUGCAUCAAAAGAUUCAUACUGGUGAGAAGCCUUUUAAAUGCUUGGAGUGUGGAAAGUCCUUUUCCCUCAAUGGCAGCCUGACUGCACAUCAAAAUAUUCAUACUGGGGAGAAGCCAUAUAGAUGCUUGGAGUGUGGAAAGUGCUUCUCUCAGAAUAUCCACCUAAAGACACAUCAAAAAAUUCACACUGGGGAAAAGCCAUAUAAAUGCUUAAAGUGUGGAAAGUGCUUCUCUCAGAAUGGCUCCCUAAAAGCACAUCAAAAGAUUCAUACUGGGGAAAAGCCAUAUAAAUGCUCAGAGUGUGGUAAGUGCUUCUCUCGAAAUUACACCCUAAAAGAACAUCAAAAGAUUCAUACUGGGGAGAAGCCAUAUAAAUGCUUGGAGUGUGAAAAGUGCUUCUCCCUCAAUGGCAGCCUAACUGCACAUCAAAAGAUUCAUACUGGGGGGAAGCCAUAUAAAUGUUCAGAGUGCGGUAAGUGCUUCUCUCGGAAUGACACCCUAAAAACACAUCAAAAGAUUCAUACUGGGGAGAAGCCAUAUAAACGCUUGGAGUGUGGAAAGUGCUUCUCCCAGAAUGGCAGCCUAACUGCACAUCAAAAGAUUCAUACUGAGGAGAAGCCAUUUAAAUGCCUGGAGUGUGGAAAGUGCUUCUCUCGGAAUUCCAUUCUAAAAGUACAUCAAAAGAUUCAUACUGGUGAGAAGCCUUUUAAAUGCUUGGAGUGCGGUAAGUGCUUCUCUCGGAAUGGCAGCCUAACUGCACAUCAAAGGAUUCAUACUGGGGAGAAGCCAUUUAAAUGCCUGAAGUGUGGAAAGUGCUUCUCUCAGAAUUCCAAUCUAAAAGCGCAUAAAAAUAUUCAUACUGGUGAGAAGCCUUUUAAAUGCUUGGAGUGCGGAAAGUGCUUCUCCCAGAAUGGCAGCCUAACUGCACAUCAAAAGAUUCAUACUGGUGAGAAGCCUUUUAAAUGCUUGGAGUGUGGAAAAUCCUUUUCCCUCAAUGGCAGCCUGACUGCACAUCAAAAUAUUCAUACUGGAGAGAAGCCAUAUAGAUGCUUGGAGUGUGGAAAGUGCUUUUCUCAGAAUAGCCACCUAAAGACACAUCAAAAAAUUCACACUGGGGAAAAGCCAUAUAAAUGCUUGAAGUGUGGAAAGUGCUUCUCUCAGAAUGGCUCCCUAAAAGCACAUCAAAAGAUUCAUACUGGGGAAAAGCCAUAUAAAUGCUCAGAGUGUGGAAAGCGCUUCUCUCAGAAUUCCAAUCUAAGAGCACAUCAAAAGAUUCAUACUGAAGGGAACCCAUAUAAAUGCUUAGAGUGGAAAGUGCUUCUCUCGGAAUGACACCCUAAGAACACAUCAAACGAUUCAUACUGGGGAGAAGCCACAUAAAUGCUUGGACUGUGGGAAGAGUUUCUCUCGGAAUGGCCAACUAUGGUCACAUCAAAAGAUUCAUACUAGGGAGAAGCCAUUCAAAUGCUUAGAGUGUGGAAAGCGCUUCUCUCGGAAUGACACCCUAAGAACACAUCAAACGAUUCAUACUGGGGAGAAGCCACAUAAAUGCUUGGACUGUGGGAAGAGCUUCUCUCGGAAUGGCCAACUAUGGUCACAUCAAAAGAUUCAUACUAGGGAGAAGCCAUUCAAAUGCUUAGAGUGUGGAAAGUGCUUCUCUCGGAAUGACCACCUAACUACACACCUAAGGUUUCAUACUGGGGAGAAGCCAUUUAAAUGUUCAGAGUGUGGUAAGUGCUUCUCUCGGAAUGACACCCUAAAAUUACAUCAAAAGAUUCAUACUGGGGAGAAGCCUUAUAAAUGCUUGGAGUGUAGAAAGUGCUUCUCCCAAAGUGGCCACCUAAGGUCACAUCAAAAGAUUCACACAGGGAGAAGCCACAUAAAUGCUUGGAGUGUGGGAAGUGCUUCUCUUUUAAUGGCAGCCUAAGAGUACAUCAAAAGAUUCAUCGUGGGGACUUCUGGUGAGGAAUGAGUGUGGGCUGAAUUGAGGAACGACACGGUCAAGAGUCUAGUUUGGAGGAAUCCCCCAGCUGUUGAUUGAUCUCUCUGGGUCUUAAGAGAUGGUGAAAAGCUGGCUCCUUUUGUCCAGCAUCAGGAGCUCCCCGGGUUUUCCUUGUUUUAGCUCAGGGCUAGAGUCCUGGAGAUGUGAGAUUUAUGAUCCAGCUCAGAGCCCUGCCAAAGUCUUGGGGGGGGGGGGCAGGGAAUGAAGCCUGUCCCUUCCUCCCAUCCUAAACUUCAAAGAAGUGCUCUAAUGCUGUUGAUAAGGAGUGAGUUUCAUCUCCAGACAUGUUGGUGGGGGAAAAUAAAUCUCUCUCUUACAGCACUUUCCAUGUAGUUGGUUUUCUGAGACUCUGGUGCAAGAAGCAUUUUAACAAAAUGUUAUUGAGGAAUUCUGAAAACAAAACAUUGACUUACCUGAAGGUUUCUUCUCUUCGGUGGGGCAAAAUCAUCCAGUUAUUUUUCCCUCCCCAAGAGGCUGUUGUUACGCCUACUUGAAAGGUUGGCUCUUUUUUCUUUUCUUCCCCUUUUGCAUGGUUGGAUUAAUAAAGUUGUAUUACUUGGUUA